AAGACAUCAUGGCGGCAAUAAAGAAAACAAACAAAUCCUCUUCCUUGAAAUACUUUAUUUUAAUUAUUAGUGUCAGCCUGAUGGUGCCAAUGAGUAUAUACGCAUGGUUUUUAUAUGAAAGAUAUAAUAAAAGACAACAUACUCAUCAAUCUUCAGAAUGGAGCUGGUCAAGCCUAUCUUGGACAUCUAAAGAUACAGACAAUCUCAAUAUUGUACUUGAAAUAGUCAAAGAAGAUCUACAGAAAAUUUAUUUAAUAGUUCUUCCAGCUGUUUGUUUACUUAUACCAAGGGAGACAACUUCGAUUAUAUCUGCAAUUUUUCUGACAUUAGCAGGAAUUGUGACAUUUUGUUAUUCAAAACAUAUUUAUAGUCAAAAGAAAAAAAGACGGAAAUCUACAGUAAAAGAGGAAAGCAAUAUUCAAGACGAAGACUGUUUUAUCAUUAAGGAAGAAACAGAUGGAUUAACGAAAUCCAAACCAUCAAAACAAUCUGGUAUUAAAAAUUGGUUGAUGUUUUGGCGCAGAGGACAAAAUCCAGUAGUUAAGGCAGAGAACAAAACACAAAAUGGAGACACAAAUGUGACUACUUAUUUAUAUCCCACUAAACUGUAUAGCAUAUUAUCAUUUAAGAAGUUUUUAAUUUUAUUUAUAUUUUUAAUAUUUUUAGUUAGCAUUCCAUGGGAAUAUGUUAGACUGUUUCAAAUUGAAGUAGCAAAAAGAAUGGCAGUAAUGGGGAAGGGAGUUCCUAGUGAAUGUUAUCCAGAGAGAAUGACAAUCACAGAGAGUGUACGGUAUUGGAUGGUCUCACAGUUGUCAUGGCAACAUGAUCCUUGUGAGAAAUAUCAUACAGCUUUAUUAGUCGAUCCAUUAUGGGAGAUAACUCCGCUAAUGGUUCUUUCAUCAGUUAUAACAAGAUCUCUACUUCAUCCCAUAGAACUAUUUUUUGGUGGGAUUGGUAAAAGUUUUAGACUUUUCUUCAACGAGAUACCAGCCCAGUGGCAGCCGAUAAUGCUAAUUGUUAUUGUUGUAGUAUUUUUAUUGACAAUUGUGAUGCUGUGUGGGUACAGGAUAUCAUUACCAUUGAUUCUAAAAAUAGAACCAAAAACUCCACAAUCGUGUAAGACAAAAAGACAUACAGGACGUGAUUCUAUAGAUGGAUAUACAAAAGCAAAUAACUUAGAUAAAAAACAGAUAGAAUAUUCUCAGGAAAACUCAUGAAAAAUAUGAAUAAAUUUUUAAUGCAACAUAUGAUAUUCUUAGG